AUGCCGUCGUUGGUUGUGUUUGGACGACGUUGGAAUAUUGCAAGUGAUGACUUCGUUUUUCCAUCAUUGUCCGAAGUACUAGUACGAUUAGCUUGGUCAGAUUUUAACGACAUGCGUGAUAUUUAUGCUGAAAGCAUGGAAAAGUUGCACCGAUUAUCAGUUCUUAAUUUGUCUUUAUUCAAUGAUUGGCAUAAACAGCUUAGUGCUCGCGGAUCUAUUUUAGAACCACAUAAACGAAAUUUUGUCACCAAAGUUUUAUAUUUGCGUUUACCUCUGUUUCUCUGCGAGAUGAUUAUUACUGGUACUUCGACAUCUUUCGCUUUCACUAGUUCAACUUCAUGUAACCUCGUCAUUGUUAUCCGUCUCACAGUUGUACUGCAAUGGGCUUUAAUAAUAACUGUGUUAAUCAGUAUUGCAGUUGCGUUCAAUCCAUCUGGUGACAACCGCAUAAAACCAAGCUUCCGAAGUGAAAGUCAAGUUUGGACUAUGCGUUUUAAAUUGUUUUCCCUAGGAAGAGACGAAGCAAUGCGUUCAGCAUUAGAUGAUAUUGCAAUUCUUACAACAUCAUUUUUUGCCGAUGUAGAUUUAGUUGCAUCUGACAUUUUGGCUGGACUUUUGUUACUUGCUCAUGCACCAUAUCAGCCACCGUCUUCAGUCACUUACAUUCCAGAUAGCGAACCUCCAGAUUGGAUGACAUUGGACAAUGCUCGUCAUAUGGCAAAAUAUGUAGCAGCAAUAUAUGGUUGGGAAAUUUAUAUGUUUUAUAAUUGUCGUUGUUGGGGUUCUUUGCGGCUGUGUCGGAAGAUGAAAUGUUGUGCAAAAUGUAGCAGAAGAAAUAGUUUCCCAAUUAGAGACGAUAAUUGUUGUAUGUGCGCAACAGCUAGUUUUCUUACAAUGACUGAAUGUGAAGAAAGUGAUAUCAUUUUUGCGUCAUUCUCCAACGAUCUUUUUCAAGUGCCAUUCAUAGUACUUACUGAUGCAGAAGCAAAGAGCAUCAUAAUAACAAUACGAGGAACAGCUUCGAUCAUGGACGCAAUCAAUGAUUUAUCGCUUGAUGAUGAAGCAUUCUCAGUAGAUGUAGAUCAGGAUCCUAUUCUUCGCUGUGAUAAAAAGCUAGACGCUUUUGAUGAAGAAGUGCGUGUGCAUCGUGGUAUGUUACGUAGUGCAAGAUAUGUUCUUGAAGUGUUACGUGCCAACCGUAUUUUAGAAAGUUUAAAAAUGAGUCAUCCGGAUUAUGCAAUCGUUGUUUGUGGGCACUCAUUGGGGGCAGGUGUUGCAGCAUUGCUAACAUUAUUGCUGAAACAGACAUUUGAUCCAAUACGUUGUUAUGCUUACUCACCACCAGGAUGUGUUAUCAGCAGCAAUGCUGUAAAGGAAACAGAAAAAUUUGUAUUUAGUCUGUACAUUGGUGAUGAUAUUGUCCCACGCUUAUCGUUUCAAACAGUGCUUAAAUUAAAGUAUGAUGUAAUAAGAUCACUCGCCUCGACUAAUUUACCAAAGUACAAAAUUUUACUGCGCGGCUUAUAUCGACUUUGUUUUUCUUCACCAUGGCAGCCAGAAAGAAGCAGUAUGAAUGCAGAUGACACAGUUGUUAAUAUUAAUGAUCGACUUCCACUGGUUUUCUAUAAUCCGAUGAUGACAAUGGAUGAUGCCAUUGAUCAAGGCAAUGCAAACAGUCUUGCUGAACGCUGGACUAGAAGGAGGAUAAAGCUUUUCCCACCUGGUCGCUUGUUGCACGUUUGGGUGGUUGAUAAGAAAGAUAAAACAAUUUGCAAACAAUGGACUCACUACAGCUCAUUAAGGGAAAUCAAAUUAUCGAGCGCUGUCAUUAGUGAUCAUCUGCCAUAUCGUGUAUGGAAUGUGUUAAAUAUGAAUCUUUUGUUGGAUGUAUAAUU